AUGAAUAGCCCUGGUGGAUUAUCUAACGGCGCACCAAGUCGCUUCGUCAACAGUCCCUCCAGAGAGUCAUCGGUGGGUCCAGCAGGGAGCGAUACAUCAGAGUCGUCACUGGACUCUCCCAACCAGCACAAACCCAAGAAACUCUUUCGGAUACGAUCUAGGGCCGGAGAACUGACCUUUGGGAAACUGCUGACCAACCCAACUUUUGUCAACCCAGAGCAAGCAGGCUAUGUCGGGUUUGCCAACCUGCCCAACCAGGUUCACAGAAAGUCUGUCAAGAAAGGUUUUGAGUUCACACUGAUGGUUGUCGGUGAGUCUGGCCUAGGCAAGUCUACCUUAGUCAACAGCCUCUUUCUGACGGACCUGUACCCAGAGAGACACGUCCCAUCUGCUGUUGAAAAAAUCCAGCAGACAGUCAAAAUUGAUGCCUCUACUGUGGAGAUUGAAGAAAGGGGAGUCAAGCUGCGGCUGACGGUCGUGGAUACCCCCGGUUUUGGGGAUUCUCUCAACUCCACAGACUGCUUCCGACCGAUUAUCCAGUACAUAGAUGACCAGUUUGAGCAUUACCUGAAUGAUGAGAGUGGCCUCAACAGGCGGCACAUCGUGGACAACAGGGUACACUGUUGUUUCUACUUCAUCAGUCCAUCUGGACAUGGACUGAAGCCACUAGACAUUGCCUUCAUGAAAGCUGUACAUAAUAAAGUCAACAUUGUGCCUGUACUUGCCAAAGCUGACACCCUGACCCUGCUGGAGGUGGUCAGUCUCAAGAAAAAGAUAAUUGACCAGAUUGAUGACCAUGGCAUCCGAAUCUACCCACUUCCAGACUGUGACUCAGACGAGGAUGAAGAUUACAAGGAACAAUGUCGACAGUUGAAGAGUGCAGUUCCUUUUGCAGUGGUGGGUGCAAAUACAGUCAUUGAGGUGAAGGGUCGAAAGGUCAGAGGCCGCAUGUACCCAUGGGGGGUGGUGGAGGUUGAAAAUCCAGAACACUGUGACUUCAUUAAAUUGAGAACUAUGCUCAUCACCCACAUGCAAGAUUUGCAAGAGGUCACCCAGGAAACACAUUAUGAAAACUUCAGAGCGGAGAAACUUGCAAGUGGCAGUAUCAUCAAAUCAAAAUCUGGGAAAUCUAAUGCCGUGUAUGGUAGGCUGGAGAACGGAGGCGGAGAAUUUACAGAUAAAGAGAGAGAACUCAGGCAGAAAGAAGAGGAGCUGCGUAGAAUGCAAGAACGCCUGACCCGCAUGCAGGCGGAAAUUGAGUCCAAAAAACCACAGCUGAUUCACAAUGGGGAUCUGAAAUCACAAGAUGUUUAG